AUGCCUUUCAGCGAUCUUUGGGACACCAGUGAGCAAAAGCCAGAAGGCCAAUCAUCAGAUGAGGAGCUUCGCAGGCUGCGUCGCAGUCAGCGUACAGCGAAAGCCCGAGAGGCUGCUGCACAGGCUAGAGUUCGUAAGCAGUUUCAUGCAGUUGAUGCGGGCGUGGUUGACAGUGGGCAAACACAGGCACAAACCAGGGCUUCGAUAUUGCAAAGCAAGUACUUUACACGCAGGUUGUUCAGUCCAGGCAUUUCCAAGGAGCAAGACUACCAGAAAAUUGGAUCAGAACGGGGAAGAUGUGUUUUUAGUUUGGUGCAGUUCAUUGUUGAACUAGUGAAAGGGCUAUUCACCGAUAGUGCUGGUCAGCCAAAGCCAGUAGAGCACAUCAUCAAUGCGGUCAUUGCUGAUGACACAGACACACGAAUGAAGGGUGCUGGCUUGCGCAGUACCAUUCACACUGUGUGCAACACAGUCCAAGCUGUCCAUGUUCGAAUGAGCCCAGCAGGAAAGGAUGAAUUGUGGGUCUCCACCAAUAUUCCCACUCCAAUGUUGGUUCUUUCAUCUCCUCAAUGUGGGAACAUUCACGCCGCCUCCACAGCUAUGUCGAUUGUAUGUGGAGCUGGAAUUGGAAGUUUGCUAGGGAAAUUUGGUGUUUCAUUCCACGAUGUGACCCCGCACCCUCGAGUGUUUCGGACAGAAGUGAUGGUAGGUGACGCGCUCCAAGCCAAUCAAGCCUCAUGGAAGCUUGAGCGCCAGCUCUUGGCAUCUCUGCGAUCUCAACAGGGCAUUCAGGUGACCAAACUUCCAGAAGACUCUUCAAUCUGGAAAGCAAGAGCCCAGUGGAUUUCACGCAAUUUUGACAGUCCAGGAAAGAUUGCCAAAGAGAAUCUUGAGUCCAUUCUUGAAUUUUGCAACGGGGAUACAUGCUCUCCAAGAGUGAUCCACUGGUGUUGUGGAUGUUGUGACAGUGAUGAGCAAGCAUUGAGCAAGGUCUUGAGGCUACUAGUGCCCCUGAUGGGAAAGGGAUAUCCAACACCUUUUCUCUCCAGGUUCAAGCACUUUGGCCCAGCGAUCAGCUACAUUCGGGUAUUCUGCACCCUUCAUGGUUUGCUUCCCAGGAUUCUUCUCGGCUUGAAAGACAAUUGCAAGCCUGGUGCUGAGCUUGUCUCAAUGGUCGAUGCACUUCUGGCAGACACAUCCAUUUCUUCUGGAAACUUCACUGAAGAAGAUAUGCAAGCGUUGGUUGGUGGCAUUUUGGAUGCUGAUGUUUCCUACAGCGUGCAGAACUCAGUCAGAAAGAACAUGAUGAUAAAAGCCAUAUCCGCAAAAGACUUUGACAAACAUGCUGUAGUGAUGGCCUGUGUACUGGGACCAAUUGAUUAUGCCAUCAACUAUCUGUUCAGCCGCACAAAAGCCCUUCAUCAGAUUGCCAAUGUUGGAUCUGCAAAUCAGAAGUUCUCAGAGUUGGUUCAGAAAAGCAGGGCCAGAUUCUUGCACACUAUUGGUGGGGAUUUGGGCCGAGAUCUCAUGCGCCGUUACCUUGGACUCCUACAGAAAGAUCUUGCAGAAAGCAUUGACAUGGGAUUGGACAUCAGCAACAAUUCUGAAGUCCUGCAUCUCGCUUUCAAUUUGAUCCUUGUUGGUAUGUCAGACUCUUGGCGCCGGCUUGUCCAUGAGUUCAGCUGCUCACCAUGGAAUCUGUUCUCCUUGGUAGGUUGUGACACUGCCACCUGCUUGGAUACAUGGAGAAAACUGCAGGAGGCUGCAAAUUGUUGCAAACACUGCUUGGAUGACACAUUCACCUGUGUUCUGCUGUCGCAAUAUCCGUAUGAUGAUCUGCGUUCCCUUUCCCAAGCUGAGUUGGAAUCAGUAUUCUGCGAGGUUAGGCAGUUGCUUUUGGACCUAGCAGGGACAAUUCCAUUGUCCAGUGACCUAGUUGAGGUCAAGAAUGGUGUAGUUCAGUACGCAGUCAGCCACAGAGGCAAGACACAGGUCAAAUCUCCGCCCACUGCACGAGAAACUACUUUUCUCCAGUCAUGCAUCAAGCAGUUUGACCUCAUCCAACCAUUGGUCCAGGCUGAUACUAUGCCUUCGAAGAAAACAUCAUCCAGCAUUUUGAAAAUGAGUGGUGUUCAGAGCACCAACCAAUACUCCAAAGAUUCUGGACAGGAUAAGAAACGGCAGCGUGUUUCUCAAGAGACUCCAGCAGAGAAGACAGCCCGUUUGGAGAAGGCGACUUCUCGAAAGCUUCGUUCCUUGUCUGGCUGGAAUGUUUUUCAGAAGUGUCACAUGGAGGGGGCUGCGUGCAAUCCCUCAGAAUACCGCAUCAAACUGAAAGAGAUAUCUGCAGCUUGGAAAGCUCUUGAUGCCGCUGGAAAAGAACCCUACAACAUUCAAGCAGCUCACCAACAGGAACUACGCAACCGUUUGGCUGAGGAGCCACUUGCAGCUCAAACAGCUCAAGCUGGAACUGCUGAAAUUAGAGCUUUGGAAUCACAAGUGGACAGGAAUGCUCGGAAGAAGCUAGCAGCUCGCCGGCUUCAAUUGAAUGUGCAGGCUGAAGCCCAGCAUUCCUGGUGGACAGCGCCAACCCAAUAUGCAGAUAGUUCCGGUGCUUUGCGAAAGUCCGCCAUUGAUUUAGCCACCCCAGAUGAGGACAUUCAGAAGUUCUUGCAAUCUUCAUUGCACAGUGAUGCAGGAAGCACAGAAAUGAAUAGCAAUGACAGCAUUCUUCCACAGUGCCUUCCAGGCCACUGUGUGAAUGAUCCUUUGUUUGGAUGCUUGAAUGGGCUUGCCAAAUCAUUCAAGCACGAACUGUCUCAAAGAAAGCUGAAACCUGGCACUCUCCUUUGCUUCUCAAGUUCUUUACUGCGUGAUUCAUUUGCUUGCUUGCUCGGGGUUUCUCAGAAGAAGCCUAUUUUGCAAACAUUGAUGCAUGUGACCUUUCAGGCGAAUAGCGACAUCCUGUUUGAGCUGGUUGAUGGUGUCCCACAAGUUUCCACUUCCCAUCAUUUGUUCAGGAAGUUUGUUGGUGAUGCAACGCCAAACGUCAUGCUUGACGUGCAAGUGUGGUCAUACCACAUGAAGUGGAUUGACAACCGGUUGCUGAUUGCCAGCGCAGAUGAAUUGAGAGAUACAUUCACAUUGACCUCAAAACCAGAGGUGAAGAAAACAACAGCUCCACCACAGUUGCUAUCGCUGUUGAAAGCGGCCAGGAAGCGGGAAAGCAGGAAAAACACCAAGGGCAAGACUCGCAAGACUGUAAAGAAGGUGGCUCAAAAGUCCAAGGCUUCCUCGACAACAAUGCCUCAGAAGAAAAUUCAGGGUUCUGAUUCUUCAGGCUCAGAGUCUGAUUCAGAUUCCGACUCAUGUGGUGAUCAGGGUGAUGACAUUGACCUCAAUGCUGAAGCAAAUCCCAUUGAGGCCAUAUCUGACACAGUCUUGUCAGAGCAAGUUGCCGCCAAAGAGUUGGAGAAGGAGAUCGCAGCAGCUGAUGAGGCCAAAGAAGCAGCAAUCACCCAAUGCCAAAAGGGAGUGCCAGCAAGCAGUUUUUUUGCCAAAGAACUCGGUGUUCUUGAUGUGGCCUUUGCAGCCAGUGGCAGAUCAACUUGCUUGCAGUGCAAGCUUUCAAUCAACAAGAACGCAGUUCGCUUUAGCUGGUAUCACAGUCGAGUGCGCCCACAUGGGUGGGUUCAUGCAGAAUGCCUCUUCCAGAUCGCAGUCAACACUGGUCUCAAAGAGGAGACCCGUGUAAAGGUCAAAUCAAUCAGUGAACGAAGCUUUGGUGCUUCAGAAGGCAAUUUGCAGGUUGAGGCUCUCAGAGUGCUGCGGGCUUUGCAAUCCUAG